GCCGGGGGCCUUCGGUCUGCGCCCGGCCGCCGCCCGCUCCACCCAACCUCCCAGCCCGCCCCCACUCACCCGGCGCAGCCCCCGGGAAGGACGCGCAGGCAGCGUGUUGCUUCGCCCCGCGCCUCGGCAGAAGUUGACACGAGUUGGCCGCCGCCUCGGGCCGGCCGGACUUCGCGAACAGCCGGGAGAGGAGGCGCCGCCGCCGCCGCCGCCGCGCAGCCCUCGGGGCUGCCUCCCGCCUGCCCGGCCCGCAGCGCGGGUGGAGAGGGGCGGGGAGGGGGUCGCGGUGCGCGAGAAGUACUGGAAACUGUGCGAAGGAAUCCGAAGCAGAUGAGAAGGGAGGGAAAUAAAGUGGAGCCUGCAGGACGGCCUCGCCCGCGGCGGAUCGGAGCUGCCGGCGCCCGCACCGGGGCUCGGCGGGGUCGUCUCCCUCCUCGCUCGCUCGCCCUCUCGCCCCCCCACCCCCAGGCUCUCUCUUUUAAAGCGACACCAGCUCUAUCCCUUUCUCUGCUAUCUCUGUAUCACCAAACCCUGGCCGGCUCUUAUGGGCAUGAAACACUCCUCCCGUUGUCUGCUCCUAAGGAGGAAGAUGGCGGAGAACGCCGCCGAGAACCCCGAGGUGAGCGGUCCCCCGGCUCAGCCCCCUCAGCCUGUGGUCCCGCCCAAGCCUGUGCCCUGCGUCCAUCACGUGUCCACCCAGCCCAGCUGCCCGGGACGGGGCAAACUGUCCAAGCUGCUGAACCCGGAAGAGAUGACGUCGAGAGAUUAUUACUUCGACUCCUAUGCCCACUUUGGGAUCCAUGAGGAAAUGCUAAAGGACGAGGUGCGGACUCUCACUUACCGUAACUCCAUGUACCACAACAAGCAUGUGUUCAAGGACAAGGUGGUGCUGGACGUGGGCAGUGGUACCGGCAUCCUGUCCAUGUUCGCUGCCAAAGCCGGGGCCAAGAAGGUGUUCGGGAUCGAAUGUUCCAGUAUUUCCGACUACUCAGAGAAGAUUAUUAAGGCCAACCACUUGGACAACAUCAUCACCAUAUUUAAGGGUAAAGUGGAGGAGGUGGAGCUGCCCGUGGAGAAGGUGGACAUCAUCAUCAGCGAGUGGAUGGGCUACUGUCUGUUCUAUGAGUCCAUGCUCAACACGGUGAUCUUUGCCAGGGACAAGUGGCUGAAACCUGGAGGGCUUAUGUUUCCAGACCGGGCAGCUUUGUACGUGGUAGCAAUUGAAGACAGACAGUACAAGGACUUCAAAAUCCACUGGUGGGAGAAUGUGUAUGGCUUUGACAUGACCUGCAUCCGGGACGUGGCCAUGAAGGAGCCCCUGGUGGACAUUGUGGAUCCAAAGCAAGUGGUGACCAACGCCUGCUUAAUAAAGGAGGUGGACAUUUACACGGUGAAGACGGAAGAGCUCUCGUUCACAUCUGCGUUCUGCCUGCAGAUCCAGCGCAAUGACUACGUCCACGCCCUGGUCACCUAUUUUAAUAUUGAAUUUACCAAGUGCCACAAGAAAAUGGGGUUUUCCACAGCCCCCGAUGCCCCCUACACCCACUGGAAGCAGACCGUCUUCUACUUGGAAGACUACCUCACUGUCCGGAGAGGGGAGGAGAUCUACGGGACCAUAACCAUGAAGCCAAACGCCAAAAAUGUGCGAGACCUCGAUUUCACAGUAGACCUGGAUUUUAAGGGACAGCUGUGUGAAACAUCUGUAUCUAAUGACUACAAAAUGCGUUAGCACAUGUGGGAAGCCGCAGAGAGCGAGCGAGAAAAAAAAAAAACCUCUCACUUCCAUCUGCCGCGCUGUCCCAAGGAAUCCUGUUAGCAGGACUACACACUCGAAAACCAGAGUUAGCAACUCUGCCUUGAAGAUUGGGGGCCCGGCCACGGACAGAGGGCCCUGGGCUCGUCCGCUCUGCCCCGGGAGCCCCUCACGAAGGCUUUGCUGGCGCCAAGAAAGAGCAACCUCGUGUGCUGUGGCCGGGGCCCCGAAGCUGGAAAAGAACCCGUGUAUCCCCCCUUGUCCUCCUUAACUGUGACUCUUUGCAUGCUGCAGGCAUCUAGGACAGAUUGCUCCCACUAGAACCUGGAGACUUGGUGUCUUUGAUAGCAUAAGCCAGAUUAUCUGUCUGUGCGGUGGUGUGUGCGUGCGUGUGCGUGCCUACAGCAUCUACACUAGUUUAUCUACCCACAGACGCCUGUAUAUGCAUGCAUAUACGACCAAGUGGGUAUUCUCCGGAGGGUCGUGUGCGUGCGCGUGCGUGCGUGCGUGCGUGUGCGUAGAACAUAUAUUACUCUCAGAGGAGAUUCUGUUGCUUUCGAAUAGGACUUUGUUUUGUGAUUAGUUGCCCCUCCCCUGCCCCUUACCAGAUGUUAAGCAGCUCUGAAACGUUCUCUGUACUAGCUCUGGUCGUCUUUGCACUAGACCGUGGCUCCGAACCCUGAGCAUAGGACCACAGACUCUGUGAGCGCCCAAUAAACACACAUGAGAACGAA